AUGGAGCAAGCACAAACCUUAUCCCAAUUUGUAUCUGGUGAAGAUGCAUCCGAUAAGGAAACCUCAUCAUCCUUUCACAAAUUUUUAUCGUCGGUCAGAAUAGUUCCUCUGGAUAAUCCGUACAAGCACGGCAUGUCUUCUAAAAUGAAAUUCCGCAAGGACUAUAACAAAUAUAUAAAACUGUUGGUGGUCGAGUUGUUGAAAACCGGCUCAGAUAAUGUUUUAGUCUCAGGUUUGCCAAAACUUCACACAAGCAGCUUCAAAUCAGUUGGUGCAAAUUCGAUUUAUACCUCAUUUAUGGUGAACGAAUUACACAUGUAUAAUUGGAAACGAGUAUUUGAUAUUUUGGGAUCGGAACGCAUGACCGACUUGUUAAUUAACUGGAAGGGGUUCAUUGAAAGAGAUGGCAGGUUGUUACAAAUCUUUGGCGAUAGGAUAACGUACACCAAGACAGCAACUACUGAUUUGUCCAAGGUCAUCAGAAAAUCGUCAUUAUUCCAUCACAGUCAAUCUAGACCUCGAUACUGGGAAUUCACUUUACUAAAGCAGGACCUUGAUGAGCUAAUGCGGGAGAUUUUUGGAGAAAAUACAAAAGCCAAGCGGUUUAAGAGGAUAAGGUACCUUGUGAGGACAAUAAUCGAGAACGACAAAGCUUGCAAAUACCACUUGAUAUAUCGGCAAUUACUCUUACUGGGAAAAUCCAUUAAUCCCCAUAAGAUUUGCAGUAAUGCGAGCUCUUUUGGUGAGGUUAUUCAAUUCAUUUUCGUCAUAUUAGGUAAACUCCUAUCAUUGGAAGCUUGGGGAGGUCAAGCGAACAAAGCAAUCAUUCGAAAUAGGGUAGAAGAAUUUUUGAAGCUUGAGCUGUUGGGAAUCAUGCAUGUCCAUGAUAUACAGAAGGGGCUCCAUUUGAAUCACUACCAGUGGCUUGGGACCUCGCCAAAAGUGACAUCGAAACAAGAUUUUGAAAUUAGAAAAAAGUUGCUCGAAAAGUACAUCUAUUGGUUGUUUUCGAAGGUAGUCAUAGGAGUUGUACGUUCUUUUUGGUAUGUUACUCAAUCUACAGAUGGGGAGAUGUACUAUUUUCCUCGUCAUGUCUGGCACAAAACGUCACAUUUGUGGUUAGAAAGGUACUCGAGAGAUAAUUUCGUCCAGACAGUAUUAACUGGACAAGAAAGUUACAAUUAUGGCAUGCUCAAACUAAUCCCGAAAAGGAACACAUUCCGAGUGAUUUGUGCUCCCUCAAAGAGGUCUCCCUAUCUAUUGAACACAAAGCUAACACCGGAAGCACAAAGAGAACAGGAUAUAAAAUUCAAUACCUAUCGAGCCAAUGUAUUGCGACCAGUGAGACUUAUUUUGCAAACAAAGUUCAAUAAAAGAAGUCAAAUCGAUUCCUGUUAUUCAGCAACGGCUUCGUCUACACAGCAAAUUGCAAAUAGAAUUCUCAACUUUAAAUCGGAGUUAUUGCAGAAGCACUCAUGUAUACCAAAGCUAUAUUUCAUCAAGUUUGACAUGAAAGAGUGUUAUGACCGAAUGAAUCAAAAGAGAUUAAUUGAAAAGGUUAUAAGUUUGUUUCGCGAUGACAAGUCCGAUACAAAGUAUUAUUGCCGAACGAUAGGAAAAAUGAGGCUAAACUUGAGGCAGCAAGCUCAAAAACAUGUCGCAAGCUCAGAUCUAGCUGACUUUGAUUUACUUUCGAAUAACCAAAUCGGGAACAACAAAUCAAUAAUGGUGGACACGGGUAAAACUGUCUACUUGACGAGAAAGGAAAUUGUUGAUGAAUGUAUCCAACAGAUUUUUGGCGCCAAAUGCUAUAUCCCAGACCGUAAAACACAGUCCUUAAAGUUUUAUCGACGAACACAAGGUGUUUUCCAGGGUUUUACAUUGCUGAGUAUAUUCUGCGAUAUAUUGUACAGCGCAAUGGUUGCUGAAAACUUUAGAUUUUUAUGGGAAUCGGACUCCCCCUUUUUCUUCACUAGGUUAGUCGAUGACUUUUUGUUUAUUUCACCUGAUGUUGAGCAAUAUAACAAAGUUUUGGAAGUCAUUUCUGGUGAUAGAUUGCAAAAAUACGGGGCUUUUGUCAACUAUGAGAAAACACACCUCAUUGACUAUGCAAGUGAGACCACAACUUUGGAUUUUGUUGGGUUGCAAAUUGAGGUUGAUACUUUGAGUUUAACUACAAACUACCUGCAGUUUGGAAAUUUGUCAACUGGUAAUUACCGGACAUUUAGUGAUUUGUUGAGAUACUUGAAAAUCGCAUACACAACCAGGUUACAAGAAUACAUGUUGGAUUGUGCAAGAAAUUCCUUUGCUCAAGUGGUGAGGAAUGUACUGAAUUUGAUUGAGUUCAUAUUGGGCCUGUUUAACCGUGCGUUUCAAAAAACUUCAGGGACAGACACAUUCAAUGCAAAUAACUUUAUAAAGUACUUGUGGACCCUUAUUACAUUGACAUUGAACAAGUUUGAGAAUUGCAAUCCGAACAGUGAUCACUUGGAUGACAUGUUGGACAACAUUUUGUCAACAAUCGCUGAAACAUUAGCUCAUGGUCUGCAAUAUAAGGAAGUCAUUCGUAAGUUGAGAGAGUCGAUUUCUGAAGAUGUUGCGGAAUUCGCUACACUCGGAGCUUAA